UAUGUAGUAUUCUUGUGUAUAAGUACACGCUGUGCUCUGCAGCUGGAGGAGCGUCAGCGCCCACGUCGACCAGCAGAUGGCGCUCUACUUCCGGGACGAGAGCGGCCUGAACAGGAAGAACAUCCAGGACAACCGCGUGCACUGCUGCCUGUACUUCGUCCCUCCCUUUGGACACGGGCUCCGCCCCGUGGACAUCGGCUUCAUGAAGGCGCUGCAGGAGAAGGUCAACGUGGUUCCUCUCAUCGCGAAGGCCGACUGCCUGACCCCCCAGGAGGUCCUGAGGCUCAAGCUGAGGCUCCGGGAGGAGAUAGAGAAGUGGGGGAUAAAGAUCUAUCAGUUCCCCGACUGCGACGAAGACGAAGACGAAGACUUCAAGCGUCAAGACAAAGAGCUGAAGGAGAGUUCUCCGUUCGCUGUGAUCGGCAGCAACACGGUGGUGGAGGCCCGAGGUCAGAGGGUCAGAGGGCGACUCUACCCCUGGGGCAUCGUGGAGGUGGAGAACCCGGCCCACUGCGACUUCGUGAAGCUGCGGACGAUGCUGAUCAGAACCCACAUGCACGACCUGAAGGACCUGACCCACGACCUGCACUACGAGAACUACCGGGCCCAGUGCAUCCAGAGCAUGACCAGUAAGAUGAAUGACCAGCGGGUGGAGAGCCCCUCCCCCUCGCUGUCCUCGCCCGACGUCGACACGGAGAAACUCAUCAAGAGGAAAGACGACGAGCUGAGGAGGAUGCAGCAGAUGCUCCAGAAGAUGCAGCAGCAGAUGCACGAGCAGGACAUGUGACUUCUGAUGUGACCUCAUGUGACCUCUCAUGUGACCUCUGAUGUGACCUCGUGACCUCUCAUAUGACCUCUCAUGUGACCUUUCAGUCUGGAGACAAACACCGACAACAAUCAAACACUUUCGUUGCUGAAGCCCUGAGAGACAUGAAUGUUCUCAUAUAUAUAUAAAUAUAUAUAUAUUUAUACAUAUAUAUGUAUUUAUAUACAUACAUAUAUAUAUAUUUAUAUAGAUUUAUAAAUAUAUAUACAUAUUUAUAUAUAUACAUAUAUUUAUAUAUAUGUAUAUUGACAAUUCCAACACAUUCUUAAAAAGGACCCUGACCAACACAAGAAAAGUAACUUUAAAAAUGAUCAUGAGAAUCUUGUCUAACUUUUUUCCCGCCUGUUUUUCAACUGAAGAGAUCGAAUACAAAUAAUCAGACUGAGAACAUGGAUCCAGAUUCUUUGUGGUCUCUCUUUGGCCUCUCAGAACUACUUAAACUUUAACGGACAAUAACUCACCCGAUUGUCUAAGAAACAGAUGCAUGCUGGGAAAUGUAUUUUAACCAUGUUUAAUCAUAAACAUUGCUUUGUACUGACACUCCAA